AUGGCCGAACAAGUUUCUCAGGGAAAGUCGGCAGACCAGGUGUGUACCUUCCUCUUCAAAAAGCCCGGACGAAAAGGGAAUGCUGGCCGCCGGAAGCGUCCAGCGUGCCACCGGGACUCCGGGGAAAGCGGAAGCAGUAGUGACGAGGGCUGCACGGUGGUGCGACCAGAGAAGAAGCGGGCCGCUCACAACCCACUGAUCCAAAAGACGAGCGGCAGUGGUAAACAGAAGGCGGCCUACCAUGAUCUGAGCAGCGAGGAAGAGGAGAAAACGGAGAAUGAGAGUUUGGGCGUGGUCUACAAGUCUACGCGCUCGGCGAAACCGGUAGGGCCCGAGGAUAUGGGAGCGACAGCAGUCUAUGAGCUGGACACAGAGAAGGAGCGAGACGCGCAGGCCAUCUUUGAGCGCAGCCAGAAAAUCCAGGAGGAGCUGAGAGGCAAGGAGGAUGACAAAAUCUAUCGUGGAAUUAACAAUUAUCAGAAAUACAUGAAGCCCAAGGAUACGUCCAUGGGCAACGCCUCCUCUGGCAUGGUGAGGAAGGGCCCCAUCCGAGCCCCCGAACAUCUACGUGCCACCGUGCGCUGGGAUUACCAGCCUGACAUCUGUAAGGACUACAAGGAAACUGGCUUCUGUGGUUUUGGAGACAGCUGCAAAUUCCUCCAUGACCGUUCAGAUUACAAGCACGGAUGGCAGAUAGAACGGGAGCUUGAUGAGGGCCGGUACGGUGUGUAUGAAGACGAAAACUACGAGGUAGAAAGUGAUGAUGAGGAAAUACCUUUCAAAUGUUUUAUCUGUCGCCAAACUUUCAAAAAUCCGGUUGUCACCAAGUGUAAACAUUAUUUCUGCGAGACCUGUGCUCUGCAGCAUUUCCGCACCACUCCACGUUGCUAUGUUUGUGAACAACAAACCCAUGGGGUUUUCAAUCCUGCGAAAGAACUGAUUGCGAAACUGGAGAAGUAUCGAACCGCAGAGGGUGGGGCUUCCAACACCGCAGAAGACCCUGAGGGGGUCUAAUUGCCAUUAGGUUUUCCAUAAUUGUCAAAGUACUUUUUGUUUUGGUCACCUCGGAAACCAAAGCAACCAUAAUUGAAGGGAUUACGUUCCUAGGAAGAAUAUCUAAGUUUGUUUUAUAUGACAAUGCUGCAGAUGGAAUCAAUACAGUUAACUUAAGAAACUCUCAGACUGCCUGCCCAUCUGUGUAUAGUUAAACGAUCUAAGGCAAAAUAAAGAACUAGUUCAUACUCUAGUACCCU